AUGGCGACCAUCGAACGUAAGUCCACUGCGGAACUGUCCAAACCCACUACCCCUGUCGGAUCCCUUACCGUCACACCACCAAUCACACCGAAUGCGACCAGUACCGCGGCGCAUCAGCUAGUUUCCGAUAUCAGGGAGAUAUACACGGUACUCAACGAACUAUCGUCAUUAGCGCCGUCGGAGCAAGUCAACUCUCUCCUCACACGACUCGUAAACCUCUGCGUCGUACCUUACAGCGCAGAAUUUACAUCAUACUUUUUCCGUAUACCUAACGUAGAGAGCCUUUGCUCCAGUUUGCGACCGCUAUGUUCAGAAGCCGAAGGAGAGUUGGAGAAGUUCUGGGCAAAGCGCAUGCUCAACGAUAUCAGCAGUACAAACCCAACACCUGAGGAUGUUCUGAGAUCUUUCCCUUACCACCAAAAUUACGUCGAUCUCUCCCGCUUGGAAUGUUCGACCAUAGAAGCGUUCCUCCCCAGCCCACCGACCAAAAUCGCUUUCAUCGGCUCCGGUCCAUUACCCCUGACCUCCCUCUGUUUCCUGGACCGCUACCCCACCGCGCAAGUGCACAAUGUGGAUCGCGAUGCCUCUGCGCUUCAAGUCAGCGAAUCGUUAUGUAAGCGAUUAGGCUAUGGCAAGCGCAUGAGUUUCGCUUGUGAAGACAUUACCGAGGCUUCAUCAAAUUCUGAAUGGCAAUCGUGCCAGGUCGUCUUUCUUGCUGCGCUUGUUGGUACGGACACCUACACAAAGCUCAACAUACUCAAAAGCAUGGUGAAGAAGCUGGCGCCAGGUACAUUGGUGGUGGCGAGAAGUGCCCAAGGCAUGCGGAGUGUGUUGUAUCCGAUACUGGAGCUGUCCGAAGACCUCCAAUCCAUCGGUGUCGAGAUCCUCGCCGAAGUACACCCGUGGACUAAAGUCGUCAAUUCUGUUAUUGUUCUACGCGUCAAAUGA